AUGGUCCCGUUCCGCAACUUCUUGGCCAAAAGGUCCGCCGCGCCCAAUGGCGGGGAGAUCGAUACCAACCUCAACAAUGACCGUUUAUCUGCCGAAAACCCCAGUUCAACCGCUGUGAAUAUCAGGAAAAGUUCAGACGAGCCGCCCGAGUAUAAACUAAGUGUUGUCGACGACAAUGGCGCCUACCUUCCGCCAUCUCCCCCGGAGAAACAGAGUUUUUGGCGACGAUACCCAGGCUCCUCGAAAUCUUCGAACCACCGAGAUUUAGUGGACGAAAAUGAGCCCUUCUCUAUAUCCCGCGAAUCAUUCGAUUCAUACCGACGAUCGUUCGACAUCUCCGCCCGCUCCCCGGUCAGCUACAGCGACGCAAUGCCCUCUCGAACCUCCCUCGACUCUCGAUUCUCCCGUAUGACUUCGCCCUCCCGCACACACUCCGGCUUCGACAGGAAACCCGAAUCGAUGGAGGAAGAGUUCGAAGACGUGGGACUCGAGGACGAAGAGGCGAAACCCAAGAAAAAGGGCAUCUUUUCGCGACUCGGCGACCUCACCAGCGACUCGCAGACAACAUCAUCAAAUUCCAAAUCCUCUCACCUGGGCUUUCACAUCCCCGGCAGGAAACGAGGGCAGAGCAACGUAGGCUCAGAACUUGGCGCCAUGAAAACCCCACCGCCGGGCGCGGAGACCGCAGAAGUGCGCGAGGGUUGA